CACGCAGCAUUGCGUCGUCCAUCAGAAACCCUAAUUGCUUCAUUAGAAUCAUGAGUAGUCCAAGUAGAAAGAAGCAGAACUCCUCCGGCAAACCAUCAUCAUCGAGAAGAAGAGGAAGGGAAUUAGACCGACAACAACAGCAACUUGAGGCAGAGAUUUGUGAACUGAAAGCUAAAAAUUCUUGUUUGAGGAAGAUACUCGCUGACACAAGGCAAAGAGCCAAUGAAGCAGCUGCUUGCAACAGAGAUUUAAAAGCUAGCGUUGGGUCAAUGAGGGCCAUGGCGCAAAAGAAUGAAGAGGAGAUGGUUAAAAGACUCGCUACUGAAGUGAGCCCACUGCUCUUCCAAGCCAUGUCUCAGAUUGCUUCUUCAUCAUCAUCAUCUGAUUGUGUUGGAAAACAAGCUGCUUCCUGCAGCAGCGGCAGCAAAACAGCGGCCGACGCAGAAGAACCCAACUCCCAAGAAUGACACGAGCAACAGUAGCUUAAUGUGCAGCAGCAGUAGCCGAACAACCUAAAUCAGACGAAUUUACAUUAGUAUAAUAUGCAGUAGCAGAUCGAUUAGUCGAUAGCUAUUUCAAUUUUAAUUUAUUUUUAGCUAUUUCAAUUUUAAUUUAUCUUUCUAUCAAUCUUAAUUCGGUAUCCCG